UAAACCCAUGAAUCUUCUACAGUGGUGGAUCCAGCACUGCAAGAAUUUGCCUGAGGAGAAUAGCUGACCUUCUCCUUGGACCAGCUUCUCCUAGUCUCAGAGCUGUGAGUUGGGCAGGCCAAGGCAAAGCAAAGGAUACAAUGUUCAGCCUGAAUGGUGCCAGAAGUGAGGGAUAUGUCCAAGAGUUGUUCCAUGAGGAAGCACAGCAGGUAUCUCAAACACAGACCAAGCCCUGGUGGAAGAUCCAGCUCUUUGUGUGGGAGCCAGUGCUUUUUGGAACAUGGGAUGGCGUCUUCACCUCCUGCAUGAUCAACAUUUUUGGAGUGGUUCUUUUCCUGAGGACAGGAUGGCUUGUGGGAAACACUGGCAUUGUAAUGGGCAUGUUUCUGGUGUCCUUUGUCAUCCUGGUUGCCCUGGUGACGGUCUUAUCUGGAAUUGGGGUGUGUGAGAAGUGCAGCGUUGGAAGUGGAGGGGUCUACUCCAUGAUUUCUACUGUCCUUGGAGGUCAAGUAGGGGGCACCAUUGGCCUCCUUUAUAUUUUCGGGCAGUGUGUUGCAGGUGCCAUGUACAUCACUGGCUUUGCAGAGUCCAUUGCAGAUGUCCUGAGCCUCAGCAACAUCUGGGCAGUGCGUGGGAUCUCCCUGGCUGUCCUGCUGGGACUGCUGGGCAUCAACCUGACUGGGGUGAAGUGGAUCAUUAGGCUCCAGCUCCUGCUGCUCUUCCUACUGGCUGUCUCAACACUAGACUUUGUCAUCGGGUCCUUUACACACCUUGAUCCAGAACAUGGCUUCGUUGGCUACUCUGAAGAGCUUAUGUUCAACAACACACUGCCAGACUACAGCCAAGGGGAGUCCUUCUUCACCGUUUUUGGAGUGUUUUUCCCAGCUGCCACAGGUGUGAUGGCUGGGUUCAAUAUGAGUGGAGAUCUCCAGAAGCCUGCUACAAACAUCCCCCUGGGGUCUCUGGCUGCUAUUGGCACCUCGUGGUUUCUGUACAUGGUCUUUGUUUUUUUGCUGGGAGCCAUUUGUACCCGUCAGUCGCUUCGCUAUGACUUCAUGAUAGCAGAGAAGGUAUCCUUGGUGGGUUUCUUGUUUCUGCUAGGGUUGUACAUCUCAUCAUUGGCCUCCUGUAUGGGAGGGCUAUAUGGAGCCCCCAGGAUCCUGCAGUGCAUUGCCCAGGAGAAUGUGAUCCCCAGGCUUGCUUUCCUUGGACAUGGGAAAGGACCCAACAAGACUCCAGUGGCUGCGAUUUGCUUGACGAGUCUCAUCACCAUGGCUUUUGUCUUCAUUGGGCAAGUGAACGUUCUUGCUCCCAUAGUCACCAUCAACUUCAUGUUGACAUAUAUUGCUGUAGACUAUUCCUAUUUCUCAGUCUCCUUGAGCUACAACAUUCAGCAGAAACCUGACAAGACCCAAGUGGAAAAUGCUAGACCUGCUCACCCUUCACAGCCUUUAAUUUUCAACAAGCCCUCUAGCCAUGCAGCAGAUGGAAUAAUUCAAAGCAGAUCAAAUGGCACCUUGCUGGAAUUCUCAAAAGACAUGGACCAGCUUUUUAAACCAUUUUGUAGUGAGCCAGGUGCUUGCAAAAAUGAAGCAGCCAAGAAUUUAACCCAAAAGGUCAAACAAAAGAAGGCAAAGAAGCCAGCCAAGCAGACAUUACAAGACAGCUUUCUGCUGGAUCUCCAUCAUGAUACUCCCUCAGCUCAGUACGGCUGGGAUGAGACCAUAGAGUCCCACAAUGACACGUGUGAGGACCUGGCUAAGCAGGGCUGUCGGUAUGAUGCAGGUCCAUGCUCAUCAUCCCCUGUGGAUGCCCAGCGGACAACCAGGCUGCUGGAGCAGGGAGAGCAGCUCUGCAGUGAAGUGCCAGUGCUCUCCAGCCAGAGAGGAGCAGAAUCAUCUAUAAAGCAACAAAAUCCAGAGCUGGGAAUUCAACAGUUACCAGAAUCUUUGUACUCCAGAUUCUGCAAUCACUGGGUUUCCUUUGCUGGUGUGAUCGUGUCCCUCAUCAUAAUGUUUGUGAUUCAGUGGAUCUACACCCUUGUCAGCCUGGGUGCAGCAGUUAUUGUGUAUUUCUACAUUGGCCAAGUGAGCCCAGGACUCCCCCUUGGAGCAGCAGCGAAUUUCAGCUUCUUUGGCUGGAUUAAGUCAGUUUUGAUCACCUUGUGCAGAAGAAGGCCAUCUCCCAAGGAGCAGAUCGUGGUGACACCGUCCUUUGCAACAGUUGGCAUGGAGACCACACAGCUCACCGAGGAGAAUGCAGACUUCGCCUCACGGGACCGCUAUCACCAGUCCUCACUUAUCAGCAGAGAGGAGUUUGGGAAUCGUUUCCAUUAAAGGACACAGAAAAGAAAUCAAGCCGUCACUUCAAAAAGCAUUUGGAAAUGACAGUGGCUGCCACAGUGCCAUGUGAAAUACUUGAAUAUAUAUGAAAAGGAUGUGAAAGGUUAUUCAUAUAUUUGAGGCUCGUUUGUUUAUGCAAACUACAGCCUUGCUGGGUUUCAAAUCUUAUCCAAAAUGGGAAAAAAAAUGCAAAUGAAAGAGCCAUUCCAGGGAAGUGAUGAGUUACUGAGGACAAUAUAAUCCUGUUAAAGAAUUCAAUUAUAAGCGCUAUUGAGCUCUAAAGAUCAUUGCUGCUGUAAAAGCGUGCAACACCCCAUUUCAGAUGUCCUCUGGGUGACCAAGGACGCUUUAUGCCUGACAGUGGUGACCUCACCAGCAGGAGCCAGUGCCCCAUACCCAGCUGUGUGCAAUGGAUGGAUGCAGCCUUCCAGGUCAAUUCACUUCUCUCAGCAUGAAUUUGCCUGCUUCUGAUACAGUAAUUUUCUACCUCAGCAUUUCAAUAACUAAGGCCUUAGAAAGUACUUUAAGGCAUUAGACAAUAGGCCGGAAUCAGUGGCAAGUAAUUACGAAAUACAUUCACAACUGGAAUUGCACAUUUAAAUGCAGUAAUGCAGUAUAAUGACCUCUACUGUAAAACUGUGAAAUUAUGUCUUAGCAGCUGUUCAUAGUGAUUUCCCACAUCUUUUCAGAUGUGAUAGCUGGGACCUGACAGCGUAGCUGGGUCCAAAUAGAGUACCUCUUGGCUGAAGGAGUAGACGGUUCAGAAGUGCCUUAACAAAAUAUGUUUAGCCUCAUCUUUACUUAAAGCCUAUCCCAUAAUGAGCUCCUACAAGGAGCCAUUCCUCCUGCUGAUGUGAUUUGGGAUUUGCAGAGAUUCAUAUGGGGAUUUCCUGUGCAGACCUGUGUGUGAGCAGUUGCUGUGGGGCAAGGUCUAAUAUGGACACCCCUAUCACUGUCGCUUCUGCUUCCCAGGGAAAAACCCCUCUGUUGAGAGCUGUUCUGCCUGCAGGCAGCAGUCUUGGCAGGGACUUACAGAGGUGCAAGAGAGGGGUCUGGGUUGAGGCAUGCCACAGCACCACAAAUCAGUUCUGAUGCUACCAGGAGGGGGAAAUCUCCGCCUUUCCCUUUGUUUCAUCUCUAAUUGUUUCAGCCUUUAGAUUAUUUAGAUUAUUAGUUUAUUUAUUUCUCUUUCUGUGCAAUAAAAG